AUGGGAGGAACCGCCGUCGGCGCUCCAGCUCUGCCUGCUGGCACUGCGCAGCACGCACGGAAGAUGCAGGCCCUGUACCGCACCCGCCGCAAGCAGGCCUACGCCCUCCUGGUCAAGAACAUAUCUUGCAAGGACAUCAAGCGUGGCAGUAUUGGGGACAUGGAGCCGCAGCGCUCUGAUGUCCGUGCGCACGAUGCGGCGUGGGCAAAGAUCAGCAUCGGCGCCGACAUUGGCAUCAGUGGGAUCACUGUCACCAAGCUCCACAGCCACAUUCGCCGCGUCAACGCCGAGCGCCCGCCUACUCACCGCCACGACGAGAGCGAGAUCGCUGUUCGGCUCCUCGAGUGUAUCAACGAGAACUCAAAGCUUUUCGGAGCCGAGAGCCUCUCCGAGAUCAAUAGCACCGGGCCUCACAACGGGUACUUCUGGAUUGCUGGCACCGCUGCAGGCGUCGGUGGAGUCCCUCCUGCAGUCCCUGCCCGACGUGACCUCGCCAGACUCGUCGCGCACUAUUUCACCCACUGGAAGAACGCGUUUGAGAACGGCCACCUCGGCCCGGAGCAGCUGCCUCCCACUGCGGGCCUCCUCUCAGAGCGCAAAAAAAAAUCUUUUGAAAGCAGCGCGGAGAUCGACCUCAAGCCAGAGAGCAGUGAGGAGGCGACGCACCGAUGGACGGUGACGCUCGGCAUCUUGGGCAUAGCUGCGACGAUGGUCAGUGGCGAGCUGCUCAAGCGGCGAGGUAUCUUCCGCAUCCCGGAGGCGGUCAUCGGCCUCCUCGUCGGUGUCGCCGCCGGAGGGCUCUCCGAGAUGUUCGAGUCGCAGACGAUGGCGGAGGACGAGUCGUUUGACGACGAGUUCUUCAUGGUCUGGCUGCUGCCGCCGAUCAUCUUUGCCGCCGGCUACAACAUGAAUGUGCCCGCCUUUUUCGACAACCUCGGACCGACGAUGCUCCUCGCGUUCGGAGGGACGGUGCUGUCUGCGGCGGUGGUCGGGGCGUGCGUCUACCUCGCGGGGCAGCUGGGCCUCGCCUACCGCCUCUCUCUCCUCGCCUCGUUCUUCUUCGGCUCUCUCAUCUCCGCCACCGAUCCGGUGACGGUGAUCGGCGUGCGCGACGACAUCUUUGCGGUCAUCUUUGGCGAGAGCGUGCUCAACGACGCCGUCGCCAUUGUCCUCGCUCGCACCAUCCUCUCCUUUAACACUCCUGACGCCGACAUCUCCCUACUGACCUGCCUGCAAGCCGCUACCGUCUUCUGCUCGAUCUUCCUCGGCUCGAUGCUAAUCGGCUCGCUCGGAGGCGCGGCCCGCACGCUGUCGGCCCUUCUCUUCAAGGGGCUCGGGCUUGCCCGCGUGGACGACAAGGUUCCGCUCGAGGCCGCCCUCUGCUUCGCCUUCCCAUGGUCGUGCUACUACGCGGCAGAGGCGCUCGAGCUGUCGGGCAUCGUCGCGAUCCUGUUCUGGGGGACCGUGUGGCGGCUCGCCCUGGUGACGAUGCUCGCGUGCUUCGUCGGGCGGCUGCACGCCCUUCUUGCUGCUGUGACCCCACAGUGGGUUCGGUACUCUGGAGGCGUUGCCUUCGCCAUCGCCGCGGCCGCAUACGGCGACCACGCUUUCAGCCAGUGCGGCGACGAGGGCGAGCCGCGGCCGUGCGACCCGGCGGACGUGUCGCUCGCGUGCGAUGUGCUCGCCAAGCCGGCAGCGGAGGCGGCGGAGGAAGCGUCGAGCACGUCUAGCGGGGGACUCGCCGCCACCGCCGCGCCUGGCAAGGGUCUGCCGCGCACCCGCUCGAUGCGCGCCCGCUGGCUGCACAUCAACGAGCGGUACAUUAUGCCGCAGCUGACCGUGGACGGCGCCGGCGGCGGGCGGGCGGGCGGCCGCUUGGGCGACGCCGAGCUGCCGUCACGGCGCAUCGCCGCCGAUCGCGGGUGCACCUCCAACUGCGGGCUGCUCGCGGCGCAAGGGCACGCGGGGUGGGCCACGGAGAUGGUGCCGACAAAGGCAAGGGAGGGGGGCGCGCUAUGCUCCACGCUGCCCGCCGACGCCGGCGCCGGUGGCGAGGGCAGCCCCGCGCCGGGCGGUGCUUGCGCCAGAGGCAGCGACGGUCACCCUCCCAAGGAGCAUGCGCUCGCCAUCGCGUCGCGGCUGCUAGAGUCAGACGACGACAGCGGGCGCGAUGCGUCGCGGGGCGGCCGGCGCAGCCUUGGCGGCUCGGACGACGGUCUCAGUGUGGAACACCAGCGCGUCUGAUGCCGUGUCGCAUGUGAUGUCGCGCAGAUCGCGGUGUCCCAGCCGCCAGCGGCAGCACCGCUCUCCUCCCCGUUUGCGGGAGAUUCAAGGGUCAUUAGAGGGAGGGAUUGCGAGGGCGGGUAGCGGUGUGGGACGAGAGAGAGGGCGGGUAGCGGUGUGGGACGAGAGAGAGGGGGAUAGCGACAGGAGGGACGAGAGCGGGAGGCCGGUCUCGCCCUUUUUAAAUGGCUUUUUUGUGAC